AUGUCAGCUCGCGUGCUUCAGUCAAAAUUUAUUAUCGCUUGGGAGUCCACUCUUUUUUCUUUAGACGCGUGCUCUAGUUUCUUUUAUACAAUUAAAGAGCGCAUCUUCUGGGAAAGGAAGUGUGGAAGAAGAGAGUUGUACUUGUGGAAGAUGAAGUUUGUUUUGGGAAUUCAUCCUAAUGCGCUGGCAUAUUCCAUGACUACGUUAGGUGCCGGAAUGAUGAACAGUAUCUUUAAUUUCUACUACGUUAAGCUUUUCUUAAACCGAUACAAAAUUUCAGAAGUAGCAUUUCAUCAAGCACAGGUUGUCUUUAUGAUAUGGAAUGCCAUUAAUGAUCCUCUUUUUGGGUAUAUUCAAGAUAACUCCAAAUUCGCAUGCUGCUCAAGACGCCAGUUUUCAAUUUUGUAUGGAGCUCCUUUUUAUGCGUUAGCCUUUUUGCUUCCUUGGUUUCCUUGGAAACAUUAUGAAGAAGGUGACUGGCUAAGUGGUCUUCACCUCAUUGUUGCACUAUGUGCUUUUGACGGUUUGCUUACAUUUGUGCUUCUAGCGCAGUGUGCGCUCUUUGCAGAAAUUUCAACAAGACAUGAAAGUAGGCUUCAGCUUAUUAAAUAUAAUCAAGUAGCAACAUUAAUUGGAUCAACAAGCAUUCUCUUUUGUGGUCUCAUAUCAGAUAAUAUGGAAAAUUUUGCCUAUUUUCAGGCUUUUGCUGUUUUGGUUGCAGCAUUAGCAACAGCUUGUAUGUGUUACACAGGCAAAUACAGUACUAGUCAAUAUGAGCAGAGGGAAAUUUGCACGGAGAAUGCUAAUCUGGAAAACAGUGAUGGAGUUCUCUCCUGGUCCUCUGUAAUUUCAUUGACCAAACAGAUUAUGACAGAGAAAAACUUUUUAUUUUUUGUAACAAUGAACUUCUUCCAAGUCUUCCACCUAGCCUUCUGCAACAAUUUUAUGAUGAUCUUUGCGGAUAAUCUUAUUCCUAAGGACGUCCUUUCUUCCUCAAUAAGAAGUAUCAUGUAUGGAGCAGGCUUUAUUUGUCCUCAGUGCCUUGUUCUUCUCAGUCAUGCUUCGUUGAAGAAGUUUGGUUAUUACAGAAUCAUCUUGUUUUCCUUCUACUUUGAAGGAGUAGCUGCUGCUGUCAUGUUUGUUCUAGGGCCAGAACACUACUAUCUGUUGGCAUUUUAUCUCACAACAAAUAUGGUAAUUGUACAAGCUUCAUUUAGUUUGUUCAAUUUGCCUUUGGCAGAUAUUGUUGAUGCAGAUUUAAUAAAGCACAAGCGGAGGUCACCGCUUUCCUCUAUGGUUUUUGGUACCAAUGCUUUAUUUACCAAGCCUGCCCAGUCUUUGGCUCCAAUGCUUGUGGUUACAAUACUAAAUCAAUUUGGAUAUGAGAACCUGAAUAAUGAAGUUGCUCAGCCUGAUCCAAGGUUGUUUUUAGGUCUUCAUGAUGCCAUGUUCUAUUUGAUCUGUCUGGUUCCACUUUGCAUUGCAGUCACACAGAUCCUGACGUGGACUCCCUUUUCAAUCCAGAAUAGUCAUAUGACAGCUGUACACUAA